AUGUCUGCGCAGGGCAAUGCAACCGAGACGUCGCCGCUGCUCGGAGACCGAAGCAACGGCGGUGCAGCUGGGCCGUCGAUUGCCACUGUUGUGAACAGCGGUGUCGAUGAGUCGGGAUACAAUGGUAGCUCGCAACUAGGCCCCGAUGCCGAGAGGGCACAGGCGAAGGAUGUAACGGAUUCAGCCGCUCGGCUAAGGUAUAUCGUUCCGGCGGUUUCGGUUGGUAUCUUUCUGGCUGCUGCGGAUCAGACGAUUAUCGUGGCCAGCUACGGGCAGAUUGGAAGCGAUCUCAGGGCCUUGAAUUUGACCAGCUGGAUUGCGACUUCAUACUUCCUCACGCUUACCUCUUUCCAGCCCCUAUAUGGAAAGCUCAGUGACAUAUUUGGACGCAAAGCGUGCCUUUUGUUCUCAUACGCCAUAUUCGGCACUGGUUGCCUGCUUUGCGGCCUGGCACGCGAUAUAAAUGAGCUCAUAGCUGCCCGGGUCUUUCAAGGUAUUGGAGGCGGUGGAAUGACCACCGUUGUUAGCAUCCUUAUGAGUGACAUUGUCCCUCUCCGGGAUCGCGGUCUCUGGCAAGGCAUUAUCAAUAUUAUCUAUGCUACAGGCUCUGGAGUCGGAGCUCCUCUAGGUGGUAUUCUGGCUGAUUAUAUUGGCUGGCGCUGGUCGUUCAUUAUUCAGUUCCCCCUUUGCAUCAUUGCCUUUUUGUCUGUCCUGAUCAUCCUGAAGCUGCCCGCUCCGGAGCAUGGCGACUGGAAAACAAAACUGCGCCGGAUCGAUUUCCUUGGAGCUAUUGUCCUCGUUGGGGCUGUUUUCGGCUUGCUCCUCGGCCUGGAUCGAGGCAGUAAUGUAUCCUGGACGAUGCCGUUGACCAUCAUUUCAUUGACUGCCUCGGCUGUCCUUUUUGUCGUCUUUGUCCUAGUUGAAAUGUAUCUUGCCGCGGAACCAUUUGCUCCGGGACACAUCAUCUUUGACCGGACAUUUUUCGCUUGUUACAGCUGCAACUUCUUCAGUUUUGGAGGCUGGCUCGCGGGUCUCUUUUACAUCCCUCUGUACUUCCAGGCCGUUGAUGGGGUUUCGGCAACCGGGGCUGGCCUUCGGCUCUUGCCAACUAUCCUGGCUGGUGUCUCCGGCUCGCUCUUCGCAGGUGCUUUCAUGAAAUGGACAGGAAAAUACCACUGGCUAACCAUCGCUGCUUACGCGGGGUUGACUAUCGGACUGACUACCAUCUUUCUCGCCUCUGGACCGCUCGGCGAGAGCUCUCUCUUUAUCAUCGUCGGAACCGUCCUUUGUGGUUUUGGGAAUGGAAACGGUGUCACCACGACAUUGAUAGGAUUAAUCUCUAAUAGUACCCCCGAAGACCAAGCUGUAGUAACCGCCUGCUCAUAUUUAUUCCGGUCUCUCGGCUCGGUGAUUGGCCUCUCUCUCUCGUCUACAGUGGUGCAGCAGUUGCUCCGUACUCGACUGGGGUCUGAACUGCGUAACAGCAAAGACAUCGACCGCAUCGUCGAGGAAGUCAGACAGAGUCUGGACUAUAUCCGAACCCUAGACCCUGAUGUUGCCAAGAUUGUGCGCAGCUGCUACGGAUGGUCGAUCAACAAAGGGUUUGGUUUUAUGAUUGCUAUUGUGUCUUUUGCUUUCUUCAGCUCGCUCUUCAUCCGAGAGAAGAUGUUAUACAUUCAUAGUAGCUUCGUUUCUUCCCCUCCAUCGCCGAACGCUGCCCUCCGACGUCGCAACGCUGUUCGCCGCCACCGACGCAAUGAAUCAGACGAGGUUAAUAUCGAGGACACCCCAUCAUACCGUGCCAUAACCCAUCUCGAACAGCUGGAGAGCCAAAAUGGCGUGUACGGGACGUUUCGAAUCGAGACGGAGGAUGGGAGACGGGUUGAAAGUGGCCUUCUGCCGUCUUUGCUCGCCACUCGCGACCAGCUGAUGGAGGAGGUGGGAGUCCCACAAGCUCACGCCGAACGGAUGCGGGAGAUGAUGGAGGACACCUUCCUGGAAUCGUUCCUUGCAUUGGACUUUCCACCGUCGCACUCGAUCCCAGAGGGGAGCGCCGAACGGCAUUAUCUGAUGGAACAGCUGCAGCGACGUGGUAUCUCUCGAGCAGGUAUCGAGAGGGCGCUUGUACGGUUCAAUGAAGAUAGCAAUUUCGGAGAGGAGCUGCGUCGCCGACGACAGAACGGCGAACGGGUGACUCUGUCUGCCUCUACUCUGCCUGAUAUCUCCGCGCCCCUACAAAACCAGGACGGAGGCGAAACGGUGGUCGAUGACCAGAGCGUGUUCUCCUGGCGUGAUAGGAACAACGACUCGUCGCCGACUCGCGAGGGCCAGAAUCUGUUGAAUUUGCUCUACCACAUCGCGGAGGAUCAAGCGAGGCGAGACGGGUACAUCCACAGAGGAGUGACCUGCAACAGCUGCGGCGCGAUGCCCAUCCAGGGGAUCCGGUACCGCUGUGCAAACUGUAUCGACUACGAUCUCUGUGAGACUUGCGAGGCGAUGCAAGUGCACAUCAAGACACAUCUUUUCUACAAGGUCCGCAUCCCUGCUCCGUUCCUGGGCAAUCCGCGUCAAUCACAACCUGUCUGGUAUCCGGGCAAGCCGGCCAUGCUUCCUCGUAGUCUUCCGCGGCCUCUAGCCAAACGGUUGACGAAGGACACCAAUUUUGAAAACACUGAACUAGAUGCCCUUUGGGAUCAAUUCAGGUGCCUGGCCAACCAUGAAUGGGCCGAGGAUCCCAACAAACUCUGUAUGGCGAUUGAUCGGAAGACCUUCGACCGCUGUUUCGUCCCCAACACAUCUAUUCGGCCGCCUCCUCCCAGCCUGAUCUACGACCGCAUGUUUGCAUUUUAUGAUACUAAUGGCGACAAUCUGAUUGGUUUUGAGGAGUUCCUCAGGGGUUUAGCUAGUUUCAAUAACAAGAGUGCAGACGAAAGGUUGCGACGCGUCUUCCGUGGUUAUGAUAUCGACGGUGACGGCUAUGUGGAGCGCAAGGACUUUUUACGCAUGUUCCGGGCCUACUACGCGCUAAGCCGAGAACUCACCAGAGACAUGGUCGCCGGAAUGGAGGAUGAUUUCUUGGAAGGCGGCGCACGAGACGUGAUCCUUGGAAGUCAACCGAUCAGUUCUGCCUUUCCUGGAAAUAUCCCGUCAGGUGAGGUUUCGAGACUGGGUGAAGGCAAGCGCAUGAACCGGGAAGGCGACAUGGAGAUCACAGAUAAUGAAGGCGUGUUACGACCGGACGGCCUAGAUACUGGCGAUCGACACGUCGUGAUUGGCGAUGCUGCAAUCAGAGAACAGUUUGGCCGGGCCGUCCGUCAUGGCGGUGGUGAUGAUGGCGAUGAAGACUCAGAGGACGCGAGUGAUUCCGAAGACCAGUCCAGCUCCUCCGUUAGACGAAUGGACGAUGCACGGAGACGGGGUAUCGAUGAUCGCUGGCGGAGAAGAGGCUUCUAUGUUGAUGAAGAGGAUGGUGCAACAGCCCCCGAGGGUUAUGAAAGGGAUUCCGCCAUCGAUGAUCUCAGCGAUGAAGACGAUCUAAACGACGAGCCGGCCGUUGAAUCGCAUCCUCCAACCCCUCGUUCCCGGUCUUCGUCCAAGGUUCGAUUCCAGGACGAUAUCACGGAUGAUUACGAUGUGAGAUCCAAUCCCUCUACUUCUUCCCGCAGCAUACCUGUCGGCGAAAGAUGGGGAGGCUUUGAGAUUCCGGAAGUUGAGCGGGAUGUGGGUAAGGAGAUAUUAUACCAAGUCACGCAACAGGGUUUGAACGAACUGCUUGACAUUCUCUUCAAACCCAAGGAGGAUCUUCUCAUGGAGGUGUACCGAACACGGGCGGAGCGAACGAAAUGGGCUCGCGAAAUCGAACUGUUCGAGCAGUUGGAGCCUGAAAAACGGCAGCGGGGGGAGAAAGGCCGGGCAGCCGAUGGAGAAGUAAGCCAACAUCGCCAAUCAUUUCUGGACCUCCUCGAUGUGGAACUGGACGUGGAGAACAAAUCGCUUGACGAGCUCUUGCAACGGUCUGGCUAUUCCGUGACUGGGCCGGCAGCUGAGCCCACCAGUGAUGAACAUGAACCCGUCGUCACUCCAUCAUUGGAUUUACCUGUCCAGGAUGAUGAUGAUGAUGAUGAUGAUGAUGAUGAUGAUGAUGCCCAGGCCGCGGCCCCUCCAUCCGAACAUGACAAUGCACUUUUCGAGGAAGAGCCAGCGUUCGACCCGACACUUCCCCAGUUCCGACCCGACGAGGAGGAACCAUUUUCUGUUGCAGCCAGCCCGGUAGAGACAAGUGACUCUCCCAUCCACCACGAGCGAACCCUCCCCGAACCACUCCGCCUACACCCCACGACGUCUUUCCCAGCUCCUGUUCCCUCUUCAUGCAUGGAGGGAGCCGAAACCGAAGCCGAAGCCACGGCACCCAAACCGAGCCCUUCAUCCAUGCAUCCGCUGCCUCCGGCCCAUGUCGCACCGCCCCUCCAACCGCAUGAAUCCCCCUUGCGGCCCCCUUCAUCACGUACGCUCGCCCGAUGGGCCUUCCUGAACCAGGUUGAGCGCGAAGCCAAGGAACGCGGGGGCCACGGGGCGAAGCUGAACUUUGAAGAAUUCUCCCGCCGGAUGAAUGCGGACCGAGGCAGGAGGUUGGCCUUUGUAGGUAGUUGGAUUGAGAUGGCGAGUUUCUAG